ACUUUUCUUUGUCUCUGUGAUUUUCUCAGUUGAAACAGACUGAUGCACACAAGAUCUGUGCCAGAAGUUUUGGGAAAGUGCGGUGGUCUAAGAAAAUAUGGACGUACUCGCAGUGCAGAGGAGUUACCACUGUGAACACUGUGGCAGCAGUUUCAGCCAACCGAAUGCAUAUGAGUUACACCUACAUACCCACACUGAAGAAACACCGUACUGCUGUGACAAAUGUGGGAGAAAUUUCAGCAACCGGAGCUCAUACAGAAAACACCUGUCUAACCAUACUGGACCAUACCAGUGCGACCAAUGUGAAAAGAGUUUCAAUUACUUCUGUCAUUACAAAAGACACCUGCGUGUCCACACAGGAGAGAAACCAUACCAGUGUGAACAAUGUGAAAAGAGGUUCAGUUUGUUAAGUACUUACAAGGACCACCAGCGUGUCCACACAGGAGAGAAGCCGUUCCAGUGUGAUCAGUGUGAAAGGGGUUUCAGUCGCUUAAGUAAUUACAAGACUCACCAGCGUGUCCACACAGGAGAGAAGCCACACCGGUGUGAACAGUGUGGGAGGAGUUUCAGUUUCUUAAGUGAUUUUAAGCGACACCUGCGUAUCCACACAGGAGAGAAGCCUUACUGCUGUGAUCAGUGUGGGAAGAGUUUCAGUUGCCCAAGUCACUACAAGAGACACCUGCUGGUCCACUCUGGAGAGAGGCCGUUCCAGUGUGAAAACUGUGGAAAACGAUUUGCUGAGUCGAAUGAUUAUAACAGACACAUGCGCACCCACACUGGUGAGAAGCCAUAUCAAUGUGAGGAAUGUGGAAAGAGAUACACUCAUUUAAGUAGUUACAGUCAACACUUGCGUUUACACACUGGAGAGAAACCAUACUGGUGUUCUCAAUGUAAAAGAUUAUUUGCUUGGUCAAAAUCCUUGAAGGUACAUCGUUGUGUUGAUGCAGAUGAAAAGAGUUUCGAUUGAGUAUAGGAGUGAAAUUUGGGCAUCCACUGACUUAGUGGAUGAAGCAGGCCCCCCAUGUAUGAAGGCGGUGUCCUUGCUGCAGUGGCCGGGGGUUCGAUUCCGGCUCCCGGCCCUUUGCUGCAUGUCAUCCCCUCUCUC